CCAGCCCUCAAAGAGCUUACAUUUUAUUGGGAGUAAAAAUGGCAUGUGAAUUAGUCAACAUGUACUGUGCUAAAUCUAGGUACACAGAGAGGUCUGUAUAAAAUAUAUACAAAUAAGUGCAAAGUAGUUUUGGGAAGAUAGGGGGAGUCCUAACUAAUAAGAUGCAGCUUCUAGGAGAGAUGUAGCAAUAACUCUAAAGUCCAUUGGCAUUGAGAGUGCUGUAGUUCCACAAACAUUGCUGAUUGUCAGAUUAUGGUUGGUCAGUAAGUAAGUUUCUGAGACAAUAAUGAGGUACAAAGCAGACCACUCCUCAAAUCCACCUGUAAGUCAUAAAAUUAGCAUAUCAGUGACAUGAAGCACCUGGUCUCUAACUUUUUCCUAUAAAUUUCUCUUCUUGCUCCUGGCUCUUUGCUAAAUUCUUUUGGAACUUAGCCUACUCUAAUUGGCAUUACAACUAUAAUAAACUUUGCCCCUUGACUUGGAGAUGGGUCCAAGCCUGCAAAUUCUUUUGAGAUAUUUUGCAACAUAGGUCUUGCACACCAACAUUUUGGGGGUACCCUUUGAACCCCAACACUAAAUUGGGGAAAAUGGUAUUUGAAUUGAGCCCUGAAUUCAGAAAGUUUUUCUGAUAUACUUGGAGCUUUCCAAGGAUCUACUUAGAGAAUAGCUUCCUCUCAAUUAACUACAUGGACGUCUAUCUCCUUCACUGCCCCCCACUCCUCCCCAAGAAGGAUUUGUGUGCUUGCUUCUUUCUGCUUUAGGAAUAAUUAGUGGGACAAACAGUCCUAGAUUUGAGAGGUCCUCAACAAUCCUGUCAUUCUUAUAUACAAAAUAGAUGCAAAGACAUUGCGUUUCUUUUCUGGAUUCCCAUGCCCAUACAAAGGCUGCUUGAAUAACAUAUAUUUAUGAAAAGAAAAAGAAAAGAAAGCAAUUGCCAGGGCAGUCUACUGUUGCUUUGAGUAAAAUUUCACUCUUUGGUCUCUACUGUUGGAAUGUGCAAAAACAAGCAGGACCAGGCUUGAGGCAGUUAUUUACUGGUAUUAUUUACUUUGGGCCUCUUCAUAGGAGUAAGUACUAUCAGAGUAAACCUUUAAGUGAAAGAAAUGGGGUUUAGUCUAAGACCUGCUAUUUUCUACCCAAACAAUCUCAGUCAGGAUAUCGGCGUUCAGGAUCAGUAGUUUUGCUGCUAUUGUUUAAAAUCAAAAGCUCGCAGGCUUUAAAGCUGUAAAUUUAUGUAAUUUUUUCCAAUCCCCUUCUUUCCUAAAUGAGAACACUGAAGUCCACAAGUUGAGCCAACUCCUUCAAGGUCAUAAAAGUUAGAACCUUAAAUUUCUGACUCCCAAACUAAUGCUUUCAGAAGCCUUUGCUUAGCGACCCACAUUUUAAUUUUUUUCUUUGUUUAGGGACCCACAAUUUAAUUUUUUGCCUUUGCUUAGGGAACAAUUUUAAUUAUUGUUUUUGUGUAAAGAUCCUAUAUUUAAAUGUUAGUUACUCUUUAAUUGUUGCCUAAUUAAUCAUUUCGGAUCAAUUCAUUUUAGAAAAUAGGUGAAAGGUCAUUUAUUCUGGAUUAGCCCCAGGACUGGAGUUCUACCUCCCUCUUCUCGACCCCACCGUAGACCCUAAUAUAAAAUCUUCCAGAAUUUUUUCAUUGGCCCUAGGGAAUUAAUUGACAGCAGACAGGACGGGACAAGAGAUACAAGGUUAUGCGUGCUUCUAGGAAGGGGCAGUUUCGCUCCCAGCCAUUCAGGAAUUCGAGCAGGCCGAGAACUACAAGUCCCAAGAAGCCUCGCGCCUGCCGUGGUCGGCCCAAAACCGUUUCCUGCACCCUCUCCAGAGCACCCCCGCCAGCCAGCGAGGCGGCGCCACCAUGGCUGACAGCCGAGGCUCUGCAGGCAAGGAGACCUUGGGUUCUUCCAGUCCUCUAGUGCCUCUGCCAGAGGGAGAGAGUCCCGUGGCUGGGGUGGCCGUAGCUCCGGCUCCGGGUGGCGUGAGCGGAGGGGCAGUGGCCCGAGAUCCGCCACCACUACCGCUGCCGCUGCGGGAAGGUCCGAGGAGGGGCCCCGCUCCCGCGCCUGGUGAGGCGGGGGGCGGGGUCCCUCCUGGCGGGCUGGCGCUGCGCUUCGACAAGCCCAUCAAGCAGGCCUUCUAUAACACGGGCGCGGUGCUGUUCGUGUGCUUGUGCUGCGGCGCCGCCGUGCUCGUGUACUUCAUCCUCGAGGCCUUCCUCCGGCCGCUACUGUGGGCAGUGCUGUGCGGCACCUUCCUGCAUCCCUUCAAGAGCUCCCUCACGCGCCUGGGCCGCCGCUGGUUGCAUCGCCUGCACCGCGCGCACACGCCCAUCGUGCUGGCCGCGCUGCUGCUGCCGCUCUGCUUUGCCAACUACGGAGUGGAGGCCCUGGGCGAGCAGGUGCUGCGGCGCCGCCGCCUGCUGCUGCUGCUGGGCGCGGGCGCGCCUCUGGUCUACGCCCUCUAUCAUCUGGGCAGCUACCUGGGCGUGCAGGUGCUGUUGGCCUACGCCUGCUCCCUCAUCUGCCAAGGGCUGGAGUACUUCAACACCCUGUGGAUCUGGACGUUGGUAGUUGGCUAUGUGUUGGCUGUUUUAUUCAAGUGGAAUGCGAGUACUGAACGCUACUUGAGAGCAGUUUCAAUUCCUGUCUGGAUUAUAUUACUUUUCCAUUUAGCAUCUCUGGCUGGCUCCUGGAGGAUUCCAGUAUUCCUGGUCAUAGUUUUUCUGAUGUCUGUAGGCACUCUUUAUGAAAAGCAGAAUGAAAAAAUCUCCUCUGGAACAGAAUUACCUGGUCAGGUGAUUUCUAUUGCUGCUUCUACAUUGGCCACAUUUGCCAUAUCCAUCACAGGAUAUGAACCAGGUCAGGAAGAACAUAAUUCAGCCCAGCAACCCACAGAAACCUCAAAUGAUGGAGAGCCUACUGGUCCAGUUUCGUCGUCUUCUUCUGCAUCCUCCCCAUCUCCCACUAUGAACAGACAAAGGGCUGAGCUUGGAACAUUUCUCAGAAAGAAAAAAACCAGUGAUGUCUACUUUGUCACCCUUGUAUGGGCUAUCAUUAUAGUUCAGAUAUGGUUAAAUUUGUGGAUUGUCCAAUUGCUUCCCGUGCCUGUUGCAGUCUGGAUACUCAAAAAACUUAUUAUACACUUUGGAGUUGUCAACUUCUUAAAGAAACGUUGCUAUGGUUGGUGGCAAGUUCUGGAAAAGUUUUUGAAGGAACGGCAAGAAGCUCUCACACCAUGGCCCAUUAUAGGGCUUGGAAAGUUCAUGUUAAAAGUUGAUAGUAAGCUCUGGCAUUGGCUUAAUAAGAAGAUGAUCAUAUGGUUGGAGAAAAUGCUAGAUAAAAUAAUCAGCAUUUUCAUCAUAUUUUUGCUAGUAAUAGGGACCCUUCUUCUGGCUCUACUCCUUACAGCAAAGGUGCAUCAAGAGAGUGUACAUAUGAUUCAAGUCACAAGCAACUUAAUCAAUGAGACUGUUGCCAACCACCCUGAAUGGGCGAAUUGGCUUCCUGAAGCUCAGGUAGUUCAAAGAGCUCUCAAUUCUGCAGCUAAUAACGUCUAUCAGUACGGACGAGAAUGGAUAACACAUAAGCUUCGUAAGAUUUUGGGAGAUAAAGUAAAUAAUACUGCUGUGAUUGAAAAGCAAGUACUAGAACUCUGGGACAGACUGUAUCACUCUUGGUUUGUAAAGAAUAUAACACAUUCUGGAAGGCAUAAAGGUCACAAGAUGACUAUAAAUCGUCAAAAUAGUUGGCUUGGAGAUAUUCUGGAUUGGCAGGAUAUUGCUUCCUUUGUUCACGAGAACAUUGAGACAUUUCUUUCUAUUCUGGAAUCCCUGUGGAUAGUGAUGAGUCGCAAUGUGAGCCUGCUUUUUACCACAGUUACAACAUUACUGACGAUUCUUUUCUAUAGUGGGACAGCCCUUCUCAAUUUUGUGCUAUCUUUGGUAAUUUUCUUGACCACACUAUUUUAUUUAUUAAGUUCCAGUGAUGAAUAUUAUAAACCAGUGAAAUGGGUAAUUAGUCUGACACCACUGUCUCAGCCAGGCCCUUCAUCUAACAUAAUUGGUCAAUCUGUGGAAGAAGCCAUAAGAGGUGUGUUUGAUGCUUCCCUGAAAAUGGCUGGGUUCUAUGGAUUGUAUACUUGGUUGACUCAUACCAUAUUUGGAAUCAAUAUUGUCUUCAUCCCAUCAGCAUUAGCAGCAAUACUUGGAGCAGUACCAUUUCUGGGAACAUAUUGGGCAGCAAUACCUGCAGUCCUGGACCUAUGGCUUACUCAAGGAGAAGGAUGUAAAGCCAUCUUGCUUCUGGUUUUUCACCUCCUGCCAACCUACUUUGUAGAUACUGCAAUCUACUCUGAUAUAUCAGGAGGAGGCCAUCCUUACUUGACUGGUUUAGCAGUAGCUGGUGGAGCAUACUACCUAGGCCUGGAAGGAGCCAUCAUUGGUCCCAUACUUCUCUGUAUUCUCGUAGUUGCCUCCAAUAUCUAUAGUGCCAUGUUACUAAGUCCUACAAACCCUACACCCACUCCAAGUCAGACACUUUGGUGUCUACAGACACAAAGAGGAAUUUCUGAAGAUCCAAAAUCAACAGAGUGAUGUUGUACCAACUUCUUUAAGAAAUUCUCCUUCCAAUGAGUUUAGAACAGCGAUGGACUUCUGUCCUUCCAGCUGUAAUGAUCAAGAAAGGCCCAGUGAAGUAGCAUUUUGGAAAGAAAAUGUGUCUGCUGGCCUACAUAUGGAGCACUUUGAUUUGCAAGAAAGAACAAAUGCUGCUGAUGGAUUUGUAUAUUAAUAUGCAACCUUACAGCAGAGAAACUUGUUUCAUGACUUUUUUUUUUUUUUUUUAGAAAAUGACCUUGAAAAGUUUUAAGUUAUUCACUGACUGUUACCUGUUGGAACAGCUGACUUGGAAGUUUUCCUCUAUGGUAAUCGGUUUUGUUCAAAUAGCUUUGAAACAGGCAAAAUCAUAGCUGUUUUUUCCUAAAGUGUCCAGGAAAAUGAAGGAUAUAUGUGCUUACAAUAAUUUUAAGAGCUCUAAAGUACCUGUUAUUAAAAGUGCAUAUAAUUAAUUUAUUCUGCUUUAAAAAAUUUGUUUUAACAUAUUUAUAUAACUACUUUUCCAUGAAGAGUGCUUUCAAGAAACUUAAGAGAGUUGCAGUAUUCAACUGUAUGAAGAAGGAUAAUGAUCUUUCCAUCCUCUUUUCCUGCUUUCUUACCUUUGUUAAGAAAGAACAAACUGUAUAGAAACAGCUGACUUGGAAUUUAGAUUUUACCCUUGGGUGACCCAGAAAGACAUUCCUAAGGAUAAAAACAUAGCCACAUUCCUGACAUUGAAAUGAACUACUUUGUUUGAUUGCUUUUGCUAGCCCUGCAGUUAUUUUUAAAAAUAGGAUGCACAAUUACAUGUUCUCCCCCCUUUGUUUUAAGUGUAGAUGUCAAGUACAAUAAUGGUUUGAUUUCUAAUUCCAGCUUUUCUUCACAUUUGAAAUUUUGCUCACAUCAUUUAUUUAUUUUUAAUAAUAAUGCCUUAAGUUUAUGGGACACAUUUAACUUUUUAAAGUUAUUAUUGUUAACCAUUUUUCACCUGCACAGACUGAACGAGUAUUAUUGUCCCUGUUUUGCCGAUUAGAAUAUUAUGGUCUUAUGCAUCAUUUUAGAGUUAGAAGAGAUCUCAGUCAUUUAAGCUGAGAUCCAGAAUAGUUAAAUGGCAUGCCCAACCUCUCAUGUGUGAUAAAGUAGUGAUGUUGGGAUUGGAAUCCAGGUCUUCUGACGCAAAAAAUCUGAUGUACUUUCUAUUGUACCACACUGCCUAGUGAAUGCUUCCAAAUCUAUAAUUUAAUUAAUGUGGAUACUUCCUGCAAAUUUAUAACACUUCUACACCUUAGUCUUUAUUAAAAGAGUUUCCUGAAUUAUAGCCAUAAAACUUUAAUUAGCUAGAAGCCAAAUUUCUGGUGAUGAUCAACCCCUAUAAAUUUAGUUGAGCUUGUCUUUGUUUGGCUAAAUCCUUUCAGAGUUUAUCUUCCAUUUGUAUAGCCUUUCAGAGUCAGGGUCAUCUCCUUACCAUAAUGGAAUGAAGGUAGAAGAUUUCAGGAAAGGACAUUUUUACAAUAUUUUAAGUUAUUUUAUAAAGCCUGUGGUUAUUUUUUUCUUGCUUCAUCAUUUACUCCUUUGAUAUCAGCAUUAAACCAGAUUUCAUUAGAUGGCUAUUAUUUUCCAAGCUAGAUAAUAUUCCAUUGAAUACAGAAAUCACAAAAGGUAAUCCAGCUUUAGUACAUCAGUCAUGAGUGGGUUAGGCUUCAAGUAAACUAUCAAAUAAAUGACAGGCAAAAUAAAAACCGUUCAAGUAAGUAUUUCAUUUGCUGUCUUGAAAUUUGCACAAAACUAGGAUAUAGACAAUUUCUGUUACAUUAAGGAUUUGUCUAGAGGUCCCCAACUAUAGGAGAAGUAGGCUGAUCUUUCUGACUGCAGCUUCAUAUUCUUAUUUGUGCCUCUUUUGUUUAUAGCCUACAUUAUCUGAGGCAAGUAAUAUUACCUCUCUGAAUCUCCACUUCCUGUAAAAUGAAGUAAUUUAAUUAAUCAUAUGAUUUCUUAUCUCUAGUUUCAAUGAUUCUCUGCUGUUUAAUUGGCAUUUUUCUCUCCUUAAUAUGUGGCCCAAAAUAUGUCUUCAGUGUUCUUAUGUCAAGAUAAAAGAAGAACAGACUUUUAAAAGUAUUGUGAAUUCCUUGUAAAAUUUUUUAAAAUAAGAAUGAUGGCAUGAUUGAUAUAUCAGAACUCACCAAGAAGCAGUUAAACAUGCCUUUAUGCUUUGCAGAAAAGAAAUUGUUUAAUUUUCUUAAAAACAGCCAAAAGUUGUUGGUGUGCAUUUUUUUGAGGUAUAUGAUUUGGAGCUUUUCAACUCUUGUAUUUUUACUCUGAAAAACACACACACACACACUCACACAUCUUUACACUGAUUUGAUAUGAGUAAAUUUUAAGAAAUCUCCUCAAAGUCUUUUCAGUGUCUGUUCAUCUUUCACAUUUCAUUCUUCAUUUAAUGAGCUCCAACUUGUUUUUGAAUAAACUCAGCUAGUGCAUGGCCUGAGUUAGUGGAUAAAAAAAUCCAAAGAUAAAUAAAAAGUAACUGUCCUCAAAGAGUUUCUGAUCUAAAAGUAGUCUUUCUCCAUGACAAACUUUUUUUUCUAUACAAAUAAGGUUGAAGCACAAAUAUUUAGUUCAGUGACUACAGAUGAUUCUGUAAUGGUGAUUAACACACAUGUACAUGUACAACCAGAGAUUAGGCAAAAACAAUUUCUGUUACUAUUUAAGAUUUAUUCAAUUUCAUUUAAUUCUAAUAAAACAGAUGGCAAUAGCUACCCCCACAACAUUGGUUAUAUUAAUUGAGCAUUUAUUAAGAAGCAUCCUGGCAUAGUGAGGAAACAAUAAGCUUUGAAGCCAGGAAGACCUGGGUUCAGGUCGCCUUUGGUAUUAUGCUCUAAGGACCCUGAGCAAAUCACUUAGUGUUCUUUAAAUUUUCAUGAGACCAUAAAUUACAAAGAAGACAUCAUCCUGAACUGGAAGAUCUCUAUACCAGUGAGAUCACAGCACCAGUCUACCUGUUUAUCAAGUUCCUACCACGUGUCUACAGAGCACUGAACUGAGUGUUGAGCUAAAUUCAGAAAUUAAAACACAUUUCUACCCUCAAGGAGCUUACAAUUUGAGAAAAACUGGUACACAAGGACGUAUAAUACAAGUUCUAACAAGAUAGAUAGGAAAGUUCUAAUACAGCAUGGUAGCUUGGGGAAGAAGAAGAUGAUGAAUACCUUUGUGCUCAGCCCCACAUUAAGUAAAUAUGGCCCAUCUUCUAAUAGUUGAGCCCUAUUCUACAUUAACUAAUAAUUUAUUAGUUAUUAUUUUCAUAAGACUUUCAUUUACUUUUAUCAAAAAUUUCCAAAUCCUCUUUCAAGAGAGCUGAAUAGCUGUGAAGUAUCAGUAAUUAUAAAUGAAGUUCCUAUCCCAGGUCUGUCAUUUGCUCCAAAGCAAAACUUAGGCAAAAUUAUUUAACUUCUGAGCCUCAGAUCCCUUAUCUACAAAUUAAAGCUAGUCCUUCUCUGUCUUUGAGGGUCUUCAUGAGAUUCAAAUGAAAAAUGUAUUUGUAAAAGCACUUUAUAAGUUGUAAAGCACUGUUACAGAUAUACAAUAUUAGUAUUGUUAUUGUUACUGCUAUUAUUAUUGCUGUAGUUUAACUCAUAGUGACCAUUAUUUCUUGAUUAUCCAGAAAUACCAAAAAUGUGUUUAUCAACUAUAUCCACUAUAUUAUUUUUUAAAAUAACUCCAUGUUUAUGUCUAAUUUACUCUAAGCUUCAGAAUUACCCACCUAUCAGAAGAUAUGGACAUAUUCAAUACCUGGUUCUUAAUAUUAGAUUCUAAGAAAGGUGAUGGGCUUCCACUUCUGAUUUUCUGGAUAGGCUAUCUUCUCAAGCACCCAGUGUUCUGUCCAUAUCAUAAACUAAUCCCUCUGUGGGCCUGCUAAACCUUCCUAAUGCUAGGAUUUGUAUUCCAAUGGAAGUAUCUUCUGCCCAGUGCUUUGUAGUUUAGGUAACAGCUAAUGAGGAAUAACCUUAUAAUUUUAUUUUUAAUUAAUGUCAUAUAUUUAGGCUUAAUAAAUGUUUUUUUUUCUUUUGAAGGUAAUUAUUUGAAAAUAUAUUGUAUCUAAAACCACUAGGCAUCUUCUUUUUUUAAUAUACAAAGAAGAUGAUUACUUCCCUGAACUCUCCCAUAUUCAGACCACAUUUUACCUGAAGAGUGCUUAGGAGAGAGUAGUCAAGAUAGUGAGGAUGCUUAAAACCAAGCAAUAAGGUAUAACAAAGAAAAAAUCUUGAAGAGUUAUUAUAUAGAAGGAUGAGAGUCUUUUUGGCCCCAGAGAAGAGAAAUAAGACCAAUAGAAAGAAUCUCUUAAGUAGGCAGCUUCUUAAACAUUGGAACUGCCCAAACAUGAGAUUGGAUGCCUUAUGUAAUUGUAGGUUUCCUGUCAUUGUAGAUUUUCAUGAGAAAGCUGUGUGACAUGCUCUUUGGAGGUGAUCUAGACAAGAUUCAGUGUGUAGAAGGGCUUUACCAUUAUGACCUCUGAAAGUCCCUUCCAACUAUCAAGAUACCUAGUUCUAGCACAUACUAAGCAUUUAAUAAAUACUUUCUUUGCUUAGGUUUUUUAAAAUAAUCAAAACUAUUUUAAGCCAAAAUACAUCUCCUUCUGAAUGCCUUGUAUCUUUCUAAAAUAAGCUUUUAUCAGGCUUUUGUGAGAUAUAUAUAUGAAAUGUGAGUCAGUGAAAACAUUACUAUGAUAUAUUAAUUCUUCAGUAAAUUUCAUAGAUUUCACAGGUGAUAAUUUAAGUUUCAUAUUGGUUGUUAGAUCCUUAAGUUAUUAUGAAGGACAAUUGCUUUAUUAUAUGCAAGGUACUUUUAUUGAAGUGUUGAAUUUUUGCCUAACAAUAACCCUACCAUGUGAACUUGAUAACUUAUUAUAUCCCACUUAUACACAUUAGUUAUCUCAUUUAUUCCUCAUAACAAGUAAGGCAAGUAUCAUUAUCUCCAUUUGAUCUCUCCUUACAGAGUUCAUAACUUGCCUAAGUGCCAGAACUAGGACCAAAGCCUAUUCCCUGUCCAGUAUUGUUGCCCAUUACACUCUGCUGCUGCCUUGUCUACCAGUGCACUUAUUAAUCUGUGGACAGCUGACAUUCUACCUCUCGCCCUACCAACACCCUAAACCUUGUGGGUUUUUAUUAGUUUUUUUUUUUUUCUUGAGUAAAAUUAUCAUUGUUUUGGUGAAAUAUGGUAUCCCAAAACACCAAAUAUAAUGGAAUUUCUCAUUAUAAAUUACUAAAACUGAAGAGUGCUUCUGACAGUCAAUCUCCAUUUUUAACAUUUGAAUUUUCCUUUUGAAAAUGCAACUAAAAUAUAUAGAAUAUCAAUGUGGAUUUUUAAAUUAUUUUAAAGUAAGAAACUUAUCCCUUACUCUAGAGAGCUUCUAACAGUCCACUCAAGUCUUCCACAUUAGUAAUUUUGUCUCUCUGGUCUUUAUCUAAAUGAUCUUCCAGGUUAGGGAGAUAACAGAUUUUUAUUUUAGAUGGUAGGGUAAGAAAACAUACUAAGUUAUAUUUAGUGCUAACUUUUGAGGGGGGAAAGAUAGUUGGAUAUUUGGUUGCAAUGCAUGGUUGUGAAGCUCUCUGCCAAACUGGAAUAAAUUCUAAAAGAAAGGAUAAAAGAAAGUUAACAAAUAUCUUUUAACAUCAAAUUUAAUUUUUAAGAUUUAGUUAAAUCUGUGUAUAACUACAGAAAGCUCCCUUAAAAUGUAGUACUACCAGAAUACCUGAAUCAAUCAGAUUUAAACACAGGUUUCCACAUUUUAAAAACAAAAACAAAAAAAGCCUAUUUAGAAUAAGGACUCUUAACCUGGGAUCCAUAAACCUCCAUGGAUAGGUUUCAAGUAAUCCCCAUGAACUUGGAUAGGAAGAAAAAUUAUAUCUUCCAUUUUUAACGAACCUCUAAUUGAAAUAAAGAAUAUCUUUUAGUUAUGAAUUUAUUAUAUCUUCCAUUUUUAAUGAACCUCUAAUUGAAAUAAAGAAUAUCUUUUAGUUAUGAAUUUUUAGAAAUUAUUCUGAGAAUCCCCCAAAUGUCUAGGAAUCCUAGACUAGAAGUAUGACAUUAUAGAUUUUACAAGUAUUGAAUAAUCUUAUGUGUCUUAAAGGAACAAAUUCUAUUAGCAUACUAAUAGAGUAGUAUUUUAGAGCUAGAAGGAAUGUAUUCAUGUAACUUUUACAUAGAAGAGCAGAAAACGGGCCCACCCAUAUGAAUACUGUUAAUAGUGACGACAGAGAAUGUUUCCUGUGAAGUAGUAUGAUAUCCACACACAGUCCCUCACCACUAGCAACCACAAUUGGCAGAAUCCUUAAUUUUACCCAGAAGAAAGUUUGUAUAUUGGUGCUACAUAUUUUAUUUCUGUUUCUAGCUGUCCUUUUUCAAUUUGUUCCUCUUGACGUUGUUAAAGAAAUUUGUAACCUCCUAAAAUUUUGAACACUUGAACACUUCAGCCCUUUUUAAUAAAAUAGUUUUGUGCUCACUGCUGCUUAGGAAUAAUUCAUUUCUAUGAACCUUCAUGGUUUACAGAGCACUUUUAUGUCCAUAGUUUCAUUUGUGUCUCAUAACAAGCCCAUGAGUUAGAUUGAUUCAAUUAUGUUUUCAUAUUAUAGAUGAAGAAACAAGAAUAGUGAAAUAACUUGUCUAAAGUUAAUAAACUAAUGAAUUAAACUAGAAUUGGAACAUAGACAUCUGAUUUAAUAUUUUGUACGGCUUACACUAUACCAUGAUACCUCUCCAGCAUACUUUAUUCUUUUGUUCAUCUCCAAAUAAAGGCCCACAAAUGGCAUGGAAUUCAAUCGCAAGUGCAGUUAGUUCAUCAGAAUUCCCAAUUUUUUGGUGACCAAGUAUGUGUAUCAGUCCUUGUGUCUGUUUUCAGCAAAUCUGUUGUCCAUUCCAAUGACACCCUUGUAUUUCAUGUUCAUACAUAUCAUUUGGUUUUGGAAUCAAGAUAUGUAGCAGCAACGGCAUAUGUAACAACUUGAAAAUAUCAACUGAGUCAGCAUAUUUCAAAACAAAGCAGAAAUAGUCUGAAAUUAGAAACAAAAGCAGAAUGGAGGUAGCAAAAGCACUCUUUCUUACACAGAUGAUAAUUUCUUAGCUUUCAUCUUUUGACAAGGUGCCAAUGUCAUUUCUCUGUAAAUGAAAACUAUAUUUUGAAAUAAAUUUAUCAGUGUUGAAUGUUUAAAAUACGAUUAGUGAUUUAAAUGAAAUUGUAUCUGUAUCAAGUGGCAAAAAAAAAAAAAAAAAAGAACUCCGUUCUAAUAUGGAUAAUGAAGAAAAGCUUAAAACAAA